GAAGGGGGAGAGGGGAGGAGGCGCCGCCAUGAGCGAUGCAUCCUGGGAAAUAAAGCAACAUGGGGGAGCAGCUUGAGGCUCAGCAUGCACUUCCAUGAUCCCACGGAGUGUGAAAGUCUGAGGUAACCCCCACCCCGCCGUCCGUCCCUCCCUCCGCGUCACCGCCGCCGCCUCCUCCUCCCGGGGACGAUGUGAGGGGCUGGCAGGAGGCGAGAAAGCGAGGAAAUUGCAGGCCCCUAGUAUCCGGGAGGAUGGACAGAAACUACCCGACCCCCACCUUUACCGACCCGCUGGCUUCGGCUUCCCCCGCCGCCUGGGCCUACGAACGGAGCGCCGCCGGGAUCAAACCCAGUUUGAGCUAUGGAGCGGGACAUCCUACCCAUUCAGAAACAGAACUUUUGCACAGACAGACCUAUGCAGCCACUCAUCAGCUCCCUGGAUACGCAACCGCACACCACCCCACAGGUCUGUCUGGAAUUUUUGACACAAGCCUCCACGUGGCUGGCAGCAACACUACAGAAACGUCAGUGAUGAAUUUCCUCUCGGCAAUAGAGUCCCGGACAGCCCAGGCAGCUUCAUCGGGGACAACCCUCCUGCCACAGUUUAGGGCUCCAUCUUGGCAAACUGGCAUGCAUUCCUCGGCAGCAACCGAACUGUUUGUCACUGGAGCAUUGCAAACCUCUGGAACAUUUCCAACAUCCGCUCUUACAGCGUAUCAGCACCCGAAUACAUUUAGCUCGAGAAACUUUGCCACAACCCCAUCCCUUGCCCUUCAAGAUGGAACUUUCAGCGCCACCACUAACGGCCUGCUGUCCCCCCAUGAUCCCCUGCUGCAGAUUAAAACAUCACAAACCCCAACUGCUUUGACUUUUGAACGCAUUGGUAGUGCUGUUUUAAGUACCAGCAUACCACAAUCUUCAACAUAUCGCUCAGCCCAGGAGUCUGCUCCCCAUCUCUUGCAGCCUCAGUUCAGCUUGUUGCCUACAGCUCUUGGAGGGACUCAGCAGCCUGCACAGCCAUACAGCACGUCAGUCUUUACAGGUUCUACCGCCUCCAUUGAAAGAGCGCUUCAGCGGGAAUGUAGUGUUAUUAAACACCAUCAGAGGCCUUCCAGUACACAGUCAGUUCAGGCACAGCUAUCUGGUACUCAGCAUUCCUUACCUAACUAUUUAACGAGCGUAAGUGGAGUGUCAUUGCAGGACGCAUCCAGACAGUCACUUUUGUGCGCUCCCCUAGGAGCUCUUACUCAGGUGAGCAAUGGUGGGCCGGUGCAGAAGACCUCUCAAGUUUCAGUGGAAUUAUCCCAGUCUUAUCCAUCAGUCAUACCAUCUCCUGGCUACCCUCCAUCCUCAACAAAAUCAAAAAAUUGCCCUACAAAGGCACCUCCAAGGUCCUCAAAAACCCCCAAAUCUCAGAGUGUAGUGUCUCCUGAGCAGACACAAAGCUACACUAAGUCUCCGCAGAACCAGAGUUCUGUCAAUUCAAGCCAAGCACAAGCUUUCUCCACAGCACAGCUACCUAGUCUUCUUUCUGUAAGCCAAUCUCCUAUUUACGUUUCAACACAGUCACCAAAUUUGCCAUCUGCCAGUCAAUCACAAGUCUUUUCUACAAUCAAAACAGAAAAGCUGCCUCCAUUGUAUAAACCACUGACUGCAUUUUCUAGCCAGUCGCAAACCAUCACCUCUGGCAGCCAGACACUAAGUUACUCAUCCGAUCAGUCACUUUCCCUUUCUUCAGUGUCAAGUGAGACGUAUUCUGAUCAAACGAGAGAUCUGUCUUCGGCUAACCAGUCACAAAGUUAUUCUUCCAAUAACUCUCAGGGUUUAACUUCAGUUAGUCAAUCGCAGGUUAGCUAUUCAUCUCAGUCACAGGUAAUGUCUCCAGUAAGCCCCUCAGACAGCUAUACUUCAGGACAAAACCUAACACUGGCAUCACCUUCCCUUCCAUUUUCUGCUUCCUCACGCGGUCAGAAUUUGUCCGCUUCAAGUCCAACCCAAAAUUUCAUUUCUAUGCAUCCAACGCCAAAUACGCAAGACUCAACCUCGCCGCAGUCUCAAAAGUUUUUGCCAAGUGUUCAGCCCUCGUCCUUUGCUUCGCCCCCGCACUCGCAAUCAAUGCAGAACAGUAGAACUACGGCCGACUCCAAAUCCUAUGUAAAGCGGAAAUCUGACACCAACCUAUACUCUUCUGCGAAACAAGAAGAGAAAUUUCAAAUACAGGACUUGCAGGCAUUACAGCAGACUACUUUAGAAACCGCAACCCCUGGUCUAAGUGAAGGUGAGCUCAGCACCCAGGAAACUGCCUACAGUGUUUCAAAGGCUGAUGACAGAUAUUCUCAGAGUGUUAUUAAAAGUAAUUCUCGGAUGGAGGACCAGGUUCUAGGACUUCAAGGAACUAAAAAAGAUGAACGCUUGAUAAGUCCUGUUGGCCAUAUGUCCCAGCAUGUUAGCCAUCUAAAUAAUUCUGCUAGUCAUGAUGGGAAAAAGAAUACAGACUUGAUACAAUCCACACAAGUAAGUGCUAAAGACCUAAGUCAGCAUACUAUGCUGCACAAAGUCCUUGACACAAAGAUGCAGGAGCAGCCAAGCACGUCCCCACAAAUUCAAGCUGCCAUGAGGCAUUCUCAGCAUCUUCAACUUCCGGGGGCCCAAGUGCUUCUGGAUUCAGGAUGCGACUUGCAGAUGUUUCAGCAGUCUAUUUUGCAGUCAAACAUGGGACAAGCGAAGACCCCUGCACAAAUGCAGCGAAUCCAGAGCCCGCCCCAAGUAGCGCAUCAGUUUCUUCAGAUGGAUGGGCAAAUCAUACAGAGCAAUGGAGCGCAGCCUCAGCAGUCUCUUCAUGCCCAGGGUUCAGAAGUCAUAAAAAUGGACACGUCCGAUGGCAAACAUUUGCAGCAACACUUGCACACAAAAGAUCAUUUCAGUCAGAGAGGUCGACUUGACUCCAAAAAUCAAUUUGACUCUCUAAAUCCAAUGUGUUUCACAGAGUCCAUGCUGCUGAGUGAUGAAAGGAACUUUUUGUCUCAUGUUGAUGACAUACUAGCAGCUACAGCGGCUCAAGAAUUUGCCAAGUCUUCUAAUGAAGAAAAUCUGUCUGUCAAAAACCAAGAUGCUAAAUCUCGAUUUCAGUCUCUAAAUGUUAGACACAUGUCCCCAAACUUUACACCCCCAAAGCCGCAAAACAUGAAUAGCCUUUCCUUAAAUGGUAGCCAAACAGCAAUAAACCUUUCCACAGUUUCUACAACUCAGCCCAAAAACGUAAGUCUUGAUCAGACACACAUUCAGCCAAUGGAGCAAGACCUACCGAGCGGAAUGCGGUCACCAGUACUUGGGGCAAACCAGGAGGAUCAUGAAAAGAAUUCCGAGAAAAUCAAGAAGUCAAACAUUAAUCAGGAACCAAAGGAGAGUGGGAAUAUUCCAGAGGAGGUCAGGGAUGCAGAGUUUCUUUCCAAUAACAAAACCCUCAGUGAGGAAAAUACGACAUCUGAAGGGGAUUUUAUUAUGGGCGGUGAUGAAAACUCAUCUCUUGGUCAAGUUCAGGGCCAGCAGUUGUCCAAAAUAGAUCCUCAGGCAGGUGGCAGCUCCACUAGCCAAAUGGAAGAGGACUGCCCAGAUCUCUCCCAAGAUGGCCUUCAAAAGGGAAAAGACAAGAUGCCAAUAAAACAAUUCACAGAAGAUGAAAAUGCAAAUCUCAAGCAAAUAAAGCGAAACAUGCCAUUGAAGAGGCCCAUCAGCAAGGGUCCAGACGUGCCAGGCGUGCAAUAUUCCUCACAUGUUUCCGAGGGUUAUUACGAUUCGUACCAGCACCAGGAAAGAAUGAGGCAAAAAAUCAAGGAAGUCGAGGAGAAACAGCCUGAAGUAAAGACUGGAUUUAUUGCGUCUUUCUUAGACUUCUUAAAAACUGGACCAAAACAGCAGUUUUCUGCUCCUGCAGUCCGCGUGCCCAACCGGGUCCGAAGGCCAUGCACCCCAGUGAUAAGGGCUCCAUGCCCCGGGCCCGUUUCCCAGCAGUCUGUAGCAGGAGCGCCUGUGUCGGACAGUGGCAGCACAAGCCCUCCCAAAAAGGCGGAGGAAGAUUUGAAGAAGAACCUGGAGACUCUACCUUCCUUUUCUUCAGAUGAAGAUGAUGCCACUGUGGGCAAUAAUGACCUUCAGAAGAGCAUAUCCACUGCACUUUCUGCCUUGGAUGAUAACUCAGAAAAAAAGAUCAAAAGUGAAGGUGAUAAGGCAGUCGUUUCCGCCAAACAGGAUCCGUCUGCAUCCUCCACCCCAAGAAAUGGCCAGGACAAGACUAAAGCUCAAGAAUCGCUCAAACCCAGCCAGCCUGAGCCUACCCAGCCAGAGCAGCUCGCUAAGUCACAAGAGGCCAUUGCAAUUGAGGGUUUCACAGAUGAGGAAAAUGCAGAAAGUGGAGGCGAGGGGAUUUACCGGGAGCGAGACGAAUUUGUGGUGAAGAUAGAAGACAUAGAAAUGCUGAAGGAAGCAUUACGUAGCGGAAAGGAGCCUCCAGCUAUUUGGAAAGUCCAAAAGGCCUUGCUGCAGAAAUUCAUCCCUGAAAUAAGAGAUGGACAAAGAUCGUUUGCUGCUACAAACAGUUACCUGGGAUACUUUGGAGAUGCAAAAACAAAGUACAAGAGAGUGUACGUUAAGUUUGUUGAAAAUGCAAACAAGAAGGAAUAUGUGCGUGUUUGCUCUCGGAAACCCAAGAGCAAAAUAUUACCACCUGCAAGAACCACUCACACAAAGGCGAGUGGGGGCAGCAAAGUGUCUGAGACUCCUCCCCCUAAGAGCGCACCACCAAAAGUAGUGUCUGCGAAACCCAAAGCCAAACAGCAGAAGACCAAGGCUGAGCCCCCACCAAAGAAAAGGAAACAAUGGAAAGAAGAGUUUUCGUCUUCCCAGUCUGACUCCUCACCAGACAUGCAAAGUGAUGAGGAAGAGUUCGAGCCUCCGCCUCCCCCCAUUGUCACAAGAUUUUUGAACACAAGAGCGAUGAAAGAGACCUUUAAGGGAUAUAUUGAGCUACUUGUCAGCCUCACAUUGGAUGGGGAUAUGAUGCAAAACCUGGAAAAAGAAAAUGAUGAUGUUCUCCUGCCACACAUGAGGAAAAUCGAAGGCAUGCUAAAUGAGAACAGGCGAAGGCUGCUUACAAAAUUACAGCUAGAACAGCCGCUAAAGAAUGCUCUGGAAAAUUACCCAGAUUUUGCAAUCAUUACCCGAGAGACAAAAGGCAAAUCUGGAGGAGCUGCGGCUUGCAAAAUAAAAGUCAAUGGCAAGUGGUAUAACAAGAAAACUCUGCGGCCUGCCAAGAACCCAUCAAAGCAAUCACAGGAGUUUCCUGUAGAGCCUGAAAAAUCCCAGCUGUGCUCACUGUAUCAUGCACUCCACCAUUACAAGUAUCAUAUAUAUCUCAUAUGCAAAGAAGAGGUUUCCUCCGUUCAGAAGGCCAACAGAGACCUGAAGCAUGAGGAGCUGGUCAACCACUGUCUGAAAAAUAUGAAGUGGGUGGAGGACCUCUUUGAGAAGUUUGGUGAACUUUUGAGUCGUGUGCAGCAGACAUGUUCUUAGGCCCAAGCUUUUUUUUUUUUUUUUUUUUCUUUUCCCCCCUUCCCACCCCUCCGCUCUUCUUACAGUAUAUCCCUCCCCCCAUCAGCACUAACAUACUGGAAGAGACAGCUAAAGACUCCAAACGAGAGGCAGACUGUUAGCAGUAGACUGAAGAAGCUGCUCUGGCGAGAGCCUGGCCCCGGGAAUGACUGGGGAAGCAAACAGCACGUUUUAUCAUGGCCAUUUUUUUUUUUUUUUUUUUUUUUUUUUUUUUUCUUCUCCAAUAAGACUUUUUUUUUCUCUUUUGUAAACUAUUGGGUAAUGCUUUAUUUUUAUUUUAAAGGAAUUUUUUUUCUGCAAAAUGAUACAGCAUGCACUAAAUAUAGAGUUACUUUCUUUAUUAUCUAUAGCGAUAACACUUAAAUGCUUUACUACAUUUUGGGGUUUUUUUUUUUUUCUCUCCUGCCUCUGUAAAGAAAAUACAAAAAAAAAAACAAAAAAAACAAACCUCUGUAUUCCCGUGAAAGAUUUUAAGGCUGAGGUACAAGAACAAUACUUGCAUUUAUCAUUUCCGCAUCCCUGCAUUUAGCCUACUAGUAUACUGUACAUUUUGUAAAACAAGAGAGUUCCGCGGGGGACGCCCUAAAGAAAUAACCACCAUGAUUAAAAAGAAAAUCGUAGAAAAAUCAUUUACGCUUUACGGACUCCUUUUACGAAUGAUUAUUGUUCAGGAGACUGAACGUGGAGUUGGUGCAAUUCUAUGACUGCUUUUUUUUUUUUGUGUCAAAUUAUAUUAUAACGGAUAAAAAAAAACAAAAACAGAAAAAAAAAACAAAUUUACCUUUAACUAUUUUCCCUGUUUUGAAGAAAACUAUUUUCCUUUAUACUGUGUCUUUUCUUUAAAAAAAAAAACAAAACAAAAAUCAAUUGUACAUUUUAUCUCACUAAUAGUUGUAUUUUUCACAAGAGAAAAUAUUGUGGUUAAAAUUAUGUUUCAUGGAUCUUUGUAAUACACUUCCCAUUGUUUUCAGCAAAAUCCCUAUUCAUUUCUAUGUUGAUUUCGCAUUGUAUGCAAUAUUAUCUCCAGCUCCUCCUCCCCCCCACCCCUAGAUGUCCGAUACAGUGUUAAGCAGCACCUGUAUAGCGGGUUACUUUACAUGUAGAUCAUAGACACUGCAACCAUUUUCUGAUCCUUAAAAAUAAAUUCCUUACUAAAGUUGCACUUGAUCAGUGAAGUGUUGUUUAGCCAAAUAUCAGGCCACAGUCUCUCCGAUCUCACUAAAGCUCCUCAGCGGCACAGAGUGUAUGUCCUAACGCUAUUUGCCCAGUGCCGGAGACACUUGGUUAGUGUGUUGUGCCUUCACAAUCUCUAGAGAUGCUCAAGGAGGCCAUACACGUUACUAUUCUAGCUGCCGAUAUCGUUCCUUAAGACCUAUUCAGCAGCUUAUCGGCCCAUGUAUUGGCACUAAUGACAGGCUUGACUGACAUCUGGGCUGAAAUUGACCAGAUCUCAAUCGGGCAGGUUUCAUUUUGUUGGAUCGGGACUGCAUUAGCUCUGCAGCCUCUGAACCUAUGGGCGCCUACACCCGUUGUUCUAAUUUCAAAUUAGCCCGAUAUCCCCCACCCGUAGGUGGGGAUAUCUGGAGAAGAUCUGCUCGCUUGGUGACCUCACCAAGCAACGGAUCUUACUGUGUAUGGCCACCUUUAGUGACUGCCUUGUGCUCACUUACUAAGCGUCUCUAGAUGCUUGGCUUGGCUCUAGAGAUACUUGGCAGGUGUAUUGUGCCUCCAACGUCUGUUCACUUGCUUAUAUCCCAAGUAUAUACAGAGCUAUGUUGUGGCAUCACCAUCUCUGACUUGCUAAGCUGCAGUGAUACUUAAGGUGGCCAUACACGGGCCAUUGUCGAUUUGAGGCCUUCAAACCCUAGGGCCCAAUGAUUGAAUUAGCCAGAUAUUGCUUGCUCCAGGGCUACCUAAGAGAUUAAGAUGGCAUAGCACACUGCCUAAGUAUCUAAGUUGAGCAAGAUGUUGGUGCCACACCACCUAUGCAGCUUACAAAGUCAGAGAAUGUGGUGGCACAGCAUCUUUACAAAGUUCCUGGACCCGUGCCACCACAAACCUCUUAAUUUGCUAAUCAAACAGAUUGUUGAGACACAAUACACUUGCUGACUUGCUCAGCACCAUAGAAUAUUGGCUUUGUACCAACGCAAUGUGUUCACUUGCUCAUCUCUGUUGCUUCUUUGAGUGUUUGUGGCACCACAAUCUCUCUGGAUUUGCUUAGUUACACAAAUACUUAAUAGAAAUUGUGCAGGUAUAACCCACUUGCUGACACUUCACUUCAGAGGUUCUUGAUGUGGGUUGUUCCACCACAAUGUCUCUUGACUUGCAGAGCUCCAGAGAUACUUUGUGAGUAUUGUGGCACCAACAUUUAAAGUAUCCAGAGUACCGCCCUAAAUCUUUCCUGAUUUUCUUAGCACCAGAGUGUUUGUGAUGCCACAGUCCCUGUCCGCUUUAUCUGCCGUUGUCAUGUCUAGAAGAUCUAGAGAGUGUAAAAUUCAGAGAGGCCUAAUUUACCCCUUUAUUUGAGGAGGUUCAGAAAGAAGCCAUUGUACCCGACCCAUCUGUCUCCAACUGCCCUUUGUUUUGGUUUUUGUGUGUGUGUGUGUUUCUUUUGUACCUUUUUAUUAAAGUCCUAAUCACAGCAGGCAGCCAGGA